AGCUAAAAAUGUUUUUUGAAAAAAUCUGAAACAAACAAAGGGCUCUCAGGUUUUAGAGUUUAUUGUUGGGGCUGCCACUCUCUCUCUUCUUCUCUAUUUGCUCUGCGACUCUCUCUCACCUUCUCCAUUCUCACUGUUCAACUCAGGGUUUGUUGGGAUUGGAAUAGCAGAGAAGAUGAAGGAAGUAGUAGGAAUGGUGGUUUCAAAUAAGAUGCAGAAAUCGGUUGUGGUAGCAGUUGAUAGAUUGUUCCACCACAAAAUGUUCAACCGAUAUAUUAAGCGCACUUCCAAGUUUAUGGCGCAUGAUGAAAACAAUCUUUGCAACAUCGGUGACCGGGUUCGAUUGGAUUCUUCUAGGCCUCUGAGCAAGCGUAAACAUUGGGUUGUUGCUGAAAUUCUCAAGAAAGCACGCAUAUAUGUUCCUCCCUCUGCAACGGUGUCUGAGAAUGCGAGCUCGAACUCUGUACGAGCUACAUCUACGUCGUAAAUUUGCUCAAGGACGAAUUUUAAUGUGGCAUGUUCCAAGGUUGGUUAGCGUGUCUGUUGAUGGGUUAGAAUCAGUCUUCAGCAACUUCAGAUGACAUAAGGUCUUAUUAGAUGUCAAGAUGUUAUAUUAUGUGAUCUCUAUUGCCAUUUGUGCUAAUGAAUUAUAGUGUAGGAUGAUCACAAAGGUUUUGUAUGUCUGCAGAUUUCUGUUUUUCAAAAUAAUUGAUAAGAUAUUUAAAUGUGUUAUAUGUAUUACGUUGUCUUCCAAUUUCUCCACAAACAAGUAAAAGCCUUAACUUUCAAAUGCA